AUGGCACCUCUGAAACUGCUCACGGUCGUCAGUUCCUCGCUCCUCUUCUUGGCCAAAGCACAGGGAGAGCCCCAAGACACAACACCAACAUAUAGUGUAGCGUUGAGUAGGUUUCCCAGAGACGAAGGAAAGUGCCUCGACGAGGUCAAUGCUGCUCGCGUGGCAGCUGGGCUCAGCGAACUCUCAAAAGCAGAAAAUCCAACACACAGGCUGCCUAAAGAAGGCAGCCCUGAAGAAGAAGAAAGUGAAUGGGCCUGGAAACCAGUGUGCGAAGCCUUGAUUCCAACCAAGACAAAAUCAAAAAGUACUAGAAAUUCUGAUAUAACCGAGUUCCAGAGCGGCACAUACGCAUACCUUCCAAUUGACGAUCCCAAUUCCGUCGACUGCAAGGCCGUUGUGGAUAAGUGGAAGGAAGCCUACACCAACUUUGAUGGAUUGCCUCCGGCUAACAAGAAAGACGAGCCGCUUUACGACAGUCAGGAGAACGUGUCUUUCGUGGCCCUGUACAAUCCUACAGAGAAAGCUACAGCAGAUUGCCGUGUCGUCACCUGCACUAAAAAGACGCCUGCAGCGGCCAGUUUCAAAGCAGCAAGAACCGAUGGGUCAACAACGGAAACGGGCUCCGCUUUGAUUUGCAUGACGGUGCCCGAUGUGCUUCUCGAGGAGGAAGGAAAGGCCCCUUUCACGUGA